AUGGCUCAUUCAGAGUUUGAAAAUCCUUCCAGUCAUUUCUACUUACAUCCAAAUGAAAACCCUUCAUUGGUGUUAGUUUCUCCAGUAUUGAGUGAUAAGAAUUACCAUUCUUGCGCAAGAUCCAUGAGAAUGUGUUUGCUUUCAAAGAAUAAGCUGAAAUUUGUUGAUGGUACUAUACCGAUUCUAUCAAAAACAGAUCCAAUUUACCCUGUUUGGGAGAGAUGUAAUACAAUGGUGCUUUCUUGGAUUCUUCGUUCUUUAUCAUCUUCUAUUGCUCAGAGUUUACUUUGGAUUGAUUCAGCAUUAGAGGUAUGGAAAGAUUUGUUUGAUAGAUUUUCUCAAGGAAAUGCUGUUAGAAUGUCAGAUUUACAAGAAGAAAUGUAUGCUUUUAAACAAAAUUCCUUAUCAGUUACAGAUUAUUUUACACACUUAAAGAUUUUGUGGGAUGAGUAUUCAAAUCUAAGAGUAGUUCUAGUUUGUUGUUGUAAUCCUCAAUGUAAUUGUGAUGAACUUAAGGUUGUUAAGGAUCAGCAAGAUGUUGAUUACAUAAUUCGUUUUCUGAAGGGUUUAACUGAGUCAUAUGCUACAGUUAGAACUCAAGUGUUAAUGAAAGAACCAAUGCCUAAGAUCAAUAAGGUAUUCCCAAUGGUUUUACAGCAUGAAAGACAGAUGGGAUUGGAUGAUUUAGGUAGUCAAAUUGUUGAACCUGCAUUUUUUGCAACUCAUGCAAAUUCUUUUUAUCAAAAGAAAUAUCCUAAUACUUCUUAUGGUAAUAAAAAAUUUGGAAGACCAUCUUUCAAUAAUUCAGGAGGUUUUAGAACUCAAGGAACACAAGGAGGACAAAGAAGGUUUUAUAAUUCAUCUGGCAAUGAUAAGCCAAUCUGUACUUUUUAUGGAAAUUCAGGUCAUACUAUAGAGAUAUGUUUCAAGAAACAUGGAUAUCCACCUGGUGAUCAAGAUCAGAUGUAUCAAACUGGAUAUACUGAUCAAGAACAGAUGUAUCAAAUUUCAAACAAUGAAAAAGGUAAAGGAGGGCAAAUGGUUGAAUCAAAAGAGGAAAUACCAAUGAUGACUCAGGAUCAAUAUAAACAACUCAUGGCUAUGUUACAGCAAAAUGCUACAUGA